AUGGCUGCUGCAGCUGGAACCGCGGCAGCGCCAGCUGUAGCGACCGACGGGCCGCUAUGGAAGACGCGAUUCCUGGACUAUUUCGUGGUGUGCGGCUUAGGUCUGGACCUGCGGUUAAUGGACGGCACUCGCGGAUUCCACGGCAUGAAGAGCCAUGGUGUGCGCAUUUCGUACAUGCCUGUGCUCAUCGACCGCCUGCCGGCUGAGGAGCACAAGAAAUUCAAGAUCCCGGAAAUGUUACCGUUGGCCGUGCUCCCCGGCGGGCUGCGCUUCUACAGCCAUGGCGCCAACCAGGACGAGCCGCUGUCGUUCCCGCGAUCCUACCCCAUCAUCCUCACCGAGGGCGACGGCACCAAGGUGUACGUGUCAGUGCUGGCGUUCCGCGACCUCGUGGACGAUGACGUGGCGCAGGCGUACUCCAUCCCGCCCAACUCGUACGCGGACAAGUGUCUGUGCGUGGUGUCGCACUACCCCUUCCUCGACACCUUCGCCGACCUCCUCACUGAGAUCCACCGCCUCGCCUUCCAACCGCUCGGCAGCCCGCGGCCGAUAUGGGACAUAAUAGCGGGGGUGAUGUCGGUGCCGCUGCCAUCAAGCCCGCAGCAGACGGUGGUGUUCAGCGUUGAGAGCGUCGUGCUCUCCACCACCCUGCCUGACCCCAACGCCCUCCCCUCCUCGCACGUGUCGUUUCUCCCCCUUGUAAGCUGUCUCGACAUUGACAACAUCAUCCAGCUCUUCACAGCCGUGCUCCUGGAGAGAAGAGUGCUGCUGCUUGGGGGCAUGCUGAAGAUACUGACAAACGUGGCGGAGGCGGUGUCAGGGCUGCUUUACCCCUACAAAUGGAUGCUGCCGUACAUCCCAGUGCUGCCGCUGCCACUGCUGGAGCUGCUGCACGCGCCGGGCAUCUUCAUCUACGGCAUCAACACCUCCGAGUUCGAACUGCAGGACGAACUCGAUGGGGUGGUACUGGUGGAUCUGGAUUCCAACCGCGUGCGCAUGAUGAGUCUGGAGAGCGAGCAGGAGGAGGAGGACAUCCCGCCGCUGCCCGAGCCCGAGGCCUCCGAGCUGAGGGCGGCACUGCACGCGCUGAUCCACCCGCACCUGGCGGUGCUGGAGUCGGUGAGGCACCACCGCUCGCCGCUGCUGGCUGCGGGCGUGCAGCAGUUUGACGAGAAGACGUUCAAGACGUGGGGCCGCCACCACGACGAGCAGUUCCGGCAGCUGUUCCUGCGCUUCCUGGCGUCCGUGCUGCAUGGCUACAAGGACUUCGUGAUGGAGGAUCAUUUUGAGGCGGGCAAGCUGGUGUUUGACAAGCUCAGCUUCCUGCUGCGCCGCUCCGAGCUCUACGAUCACGCCACCGAGCCCUUCAUAGAGGCGAUGCUGUCGACGCUGGGGUGGCACAACUUCUUUGAGUGCGAGCUGGCGCACUCGCCCGAGGACCUGACGCAGUUUGACGCCAUCAUGCAGCGCGCACACAACAAGGACCCCCACAUCACAAUCCCCCCGCUGCCUCCCACCGACUUCCUCACCGUCGACAUCUACCAGGCGCUGCCAGCGGCGAAGCGGGGAGCAGUGGGGCGGUACGUGUACCAGCGCUUCCCCAACAACGAGAAGGCCGGCGGCGAGCAGGAGGCCAGAAGUCUGGCGGUGGAGAAGGCCAUGAGGGCGUGGCUCAAGGAGCGGCGUCUGGGGCGCACGCGCAGCUCCAAGGAGCGAGGGGCACAAAGGGAGAUGAUGAAGGUGGACACACAAGUGCGCCUCUGUCAACUAUGGGACCAACUACGAGGGCUUCCUCCCGGCGAGCACCCCAUGGGCUCAGAGCAUUACGGCACUAUCUACGGAAUGAUAGAGUCGGACCCCGAGGGCUUUGGGGGCUCCAGCUUCCUCGCGUGCCUGGAGGAGAACAUCACCAUCGGGUGGUCGGGCGAGCUCACUCGAGAGAUGUUCAUGGCGUGUCGUGAGCUGAUGCUGGUGGCAGCGGCGAGGGCGGGGGAGAGGAGGGACUACCAGGUGGCGGGGGGGCUGUUGGAGAUAGCGGGGCGCAUCUACUUCCGGGACGAGUUCGGCAUGCUCGACUUCAUGCGCCGCUACCUCGGCUCCCUGCACGUCUGGCACUCGCAGGCCCUAUGGGACGAGCUCUUUGAGCAGCGCAUGCAGGAGCUUGGAGAAGAUUCCUUUGGCAACUAUUCACAGAUGGUCAUGCUCACACUCAAAGCCUGCGCCUUCCACAUGGUGGAGCUGGGAAUAGCGGACAAGGAGACGUGGAAGAUGCUGCUGCACCUCGCCAGCGAGCACGGCCUGCGGGAGAAGCGCCAGAACCUGCUGCGCGGCCAGCUGUCCCUGAUCCAGCUCAAGUUCCGCUUCUAUGGCCCGCCACGCCUGGCGCUCAUGAUGGCGCUGGCGCCGCGCAUCGCCCCCAAGAUGGAGCAGGCCGCGCGCCUCAAAAGCGCCUCCAUUGCUGGGGGGGGCGGGGCAGGGGCGGACGGUAUGGCACGUGUGGACAGUAAUAACACUCUGGAGGGGGAAGGGGGGGGUGCGGUGCAGCAUAAGGGUCUGUCACGGAGUAAGAGCAAGGCGGGGCGGCGGGGGGUGAACUUUGAUGUGGGGGGGAAGGGUGCGGCGACCACGACGCCCAAGGGCGGGGGAGGGGGGAUGACGAGCCCGCGAGGCAAGGGCAAGGCGGAUGGGCUUGACCGCCGCACAGACCGCCUCGUCAGAGCAGAGCCGGUGCACCAUCAGGCGAGGAAGGAGGGCGAGGCGGGCGUGAGGGUGCUGAGGGGGCACAGUGCAGCGGUGACAGCGCUGCACGUGGGGUCCGUGAGCGACCUGGGCGACCUGCUCUCCGGCUGUGAUGACGCCGGCUACUUCGUCUCCGGCUCCGCUGACCGCACUGUGAAGCUGUGGAGUGCGAACCGUGUGGGCGCAGAGAUGCGUGCCACCAUGCGAGGUCACAAGGGCACGGUGCGCGCCAUCUCGUCAAAUGCGAGCAGCAUCCUGUCAGGUGGAGACGACUGCAAGGUGCUGCAUUUCGACAAGCGCACCUCGCUGCCCCUCGCCACCCUCGACGCCCACACUGCCCCUAUCUCCUGUGUGCGAUUCCUCUCCGGCUUCGCGCGCAGUGCAGCAGUGACAGCAGGGCUGGACGGGCUGGUGGAGGUGUGGGACAUGCGCUCGCACCGCCGCGCUCUCACCGCGGCGCAGCCCGCACAGGGUGCUGCCGUGCUGUGCCUCAGCUGGCACGAGGACGCGGGAGGGCUCAUUGCCACAGGGCACACUGACGGCACGGCGCGGGUGUGGGACAUGAGGGCGGGCAGGGAGAUGCACUUCCUCGAGGCACACAGCAACUGGGUCAGCUGUGUGUUGGUCAACAAGGACAUCAUCAUCACGGGCAGCCACGAUUGGACGGCCAAGAUCUGGUCCGUGGAGACGGGCGACUGUGAGAAGAUCCUGACCGCACACGGCGGGGCAGUGAGCACCAUGGACUACUGCACAUCAUCGCACCGCCUUGCCACCGGGUCGGCAGACGGCAUGGUCCGCAUCUGGAAGAAGGAGGACGACCAGUACAUACCGCAGGAGACGAGUGGGUCGUCGUCAUCAGAAGCAGUGGUGGCGGUGCGGCUGAUGGACGAGGUGACAGGCGUGGCCACCGCCAGCAACCAGCUCAUGUUCCUCGAAUUCACCGACGCUGAUGGCCGCGUUGGUGGCACCGGCAGCGGCGGCGGUGACCCGUCCACGUGGGCCGUCAGCAAGAUGGUUGCCAACAUGCCCGAUGUGUGGAUCUGGACUAUGGCCGCGUGCGCAGCGGCUCCCACACCCACCCAUGCCCCCCCCCUUCUCCCCCCUCCCCUGCCUUUCCCCCAAAAGGUGCGACACGUGGCAGUGGAUCUGGACUAUGGCCGCAUGUGCAGCGGCUCCCACACGGGCGCCAUCCGCAUUUGGGAUGCAUUCCCCGAGGCCGCAGGGGCGGCAGCGGCGGCUGUAGCAGCAGGGCUGGGCGGCGUGCCGGCUGCAGCAGCGCCCAGCAAGUAUGACCUCACUGGCGUGUGGGACAGCUUGGAUUCCUCUGCAGCGCCGGCGUGA